CCUCGGAAAAUAGUCCCCGCGGCUGCCCCCUCCCCGCCGCCCCUCCUCGCCGCCUCGCACACACAAUGGCGCUGAAGAGAAUCCACAAGGAGUUGAAUGACCUGGCUCGUGAUCCUCCAGCACAGUGUUCAGCAGGGCCUGUUGGUGAUGACAUGUUCCAUUGGCAAGCCACAAUAAUGGGACCAAAUGACAGUCCCUACCAAGGUGGAGUAUUCUUCUUGACAAUUCACUUCCCAACAGAUUAUCCCUUCAAACCACCCAAGGUUGCAUUUACAACGAGAAUCUAUCACCCAAACAUCAACAGCAAUGGCAGCAUCUGUCUGGACAUCCUACGGUCACAGUGGUCCCCAGCACUAACUAUUUCCAAAGUACUUUUGUCCAUCUGUUCUCUGUUGUGUGAUCCCAACCCAGAUGAUCCUUUAGUGCCUGAGAUUGCACGGAUCUACAAAACAGAUAGAGAAAAGUACAACAGGAUAGCUCGGGAAUGGACUCAGAAGUACGCCAUGUAACCCCGCGUCACCCCGAGGCCGCCUCACGCCCUGUACCGUUAGCCAGCAGUUGUGGAUCACCUCUACAGAUACAGAUAGGGGAACUCUGAGAGAGAAAGAGAGAGAGAGAGAGAGAGAGAGAAAGUCCUUUUGAUUUCCAUUUGACUGCUUUCUAUGAGCCCACGCCUCCUCCUCCUCCCCCGUGCACAUUGUUUACCUGACCCAGCAGUGCUGCGUGUUGUACAUACUCGGAACAACGACCCCCAACCUCCUCUCCCCUCCCCCACCGCCACUGACUCCUAGCAGAGACCUUCUUUGUGUGUGUGUGUCCCAAGCUGCUGCUUCAGCCAUAACGUUGUGAGCCUAAAAGCAUUCCUGCUGCCAAGCCCAAUCGAGGGCUGCCAGGCAGGGGGUGGACCUGGGGUAGA